AUGAAGCCUGCGCCAUCUUCGGUUCUGCGUGGGAGCAGACGACACAUACCAUGGAUGCUACAGCGGAAAUCAAUAGGUGCCAGGAAACUCGCAACACAAGCCGAACACUCGACCGCCUUCCCUGACGAAACACAAAGACACCAAGGCAAAGAGCGGGUGGUCAUCCUGGGCUCCGGCUGGGGAGGCUACAGUCUCUCGCGGCGGCUCUCCCCGAGCAAGUUCGCGCCGCUGAUCAUCUCGCCGCGGUCGUACUUUGUCUUCACGCCGCUGCUGACCGACGCCGCGGGCGGCUCGCUCGAUUUCUCGAAUAUCGUGGAGCCGGUCCGGGAUCCCAGGGCGCGGGUGGAUUUCAUCCAGGCGGCGGCGCGCGCGGUCGACUUCGAGCGGAAAACAAUCCUCUGCGAGGCGACGGUCGUCAAGAGCGGGGUAACGGAGUCGCCGCGGACGGACGAUGGAGCGGGCGUGAGCAGCACGAUGGCCAAGCGACGCUGGGAAACAGGCGAGACGUUCUCGAUCCCGUACGACAAGCUGGUCGUCGCGGUGGGGACGGUCACCAAGACGUUCAACACGCCGGGGGUGCGCGAGAAUGCGCUCUUCUUCAAGGAUAUCGGGGACGCGCGGCGGGUGAAGCGGCGGGUGCGCGAGUGCUUUGAGCUGGCGGUGCUGCCGACGACGGCGCCCGACAUGCAAAAGUGGCUGCUGCACUUUGCGAUUGUGGGGGCCGGGCCGACGGGGACGGAGCUGGCGGCGUCGCUGCGCGAUUUCAUCUACCGCGAUCUCCUGCGGCUGUAUCCCAGCUUGCAGGGGAUCCCGCGCAUCACGCUGUAUGACGUUGCGCCGACGGUUCUGUCGAUGUUUGAUGAGCGGCUGGCGCAGUAUGCGAUGGAGACGAUGAAGAAGGAGGGAAUCACGAUCAAGACGUCGCAUCAUGUGGAGGGGUUGCGGUGGGGGGCGCCAGGUGCACAACCGCCGUACGAGAUGGAUCCCAAGCGGUGCCUCACGCUGACGACCAAGGAGGAGGGGGAGGUGGGCGUGGGCAUGUGCGUGUGGGCGACCGGCAACAAGAUGAACGAGUUUGUUCGAAAGUCGUUGGACGAGGUGGAUGUCUUUCCCUCGGCCUCGGCGGUGGUCAAGGGCGAGGAGAAGAAGACCAAGGAAGAGAAUUCCUCCUCCUGGAAGGUCAAAAAAGGCCCAAACGGUGCCCUGCUCGUCGACGGCCGGCUACGCGUGCAGCUGGCCAAUAACACCGGACAAACAGCCAUCCUCCGCGACGUCUUUGCCCUCGGCGACAACGCCAUGCCUGAGACAGGGGCGCCCCCGGCGACGGCGCAGGCGACCUUCCAGGAAGCCAAGUGGCUGGCGGCGCGGUUGAACGCGGACGAUAUCGAGCAGGCGCCGCCGUUCUCGUUCCGGAACAUGGGCACGCUGGCGUACAUUGGCGAUGCGAAGGCACUGAUGCAGCUGCCGCAAGAGGACGGCAAGCGGUCCCAGUAUCUUCCUCAUGGAUUGACGGGGCGCAUGGCGUGGCUGGUGUGGAACUCGGCGUACCUGACGAUGAGUAUUAGCUGGCGGAAUCGGCUACGGGUGGCGUUUCGAUGGCUGUUGAACAAUUUGUUUGGACGGGAUGUAUCUAGAUAUUGA